CUCCAUUCUUUCACACCAUCAAAAAGAUACUAUUUAUUACUCUCUUUCACAUUUUCAUUCUAUCAUCAAAAGAGUAAAACUAAGAUCAAUCUCAUUUGCUUUUCUCUUCUUUUUUUUUUUUUAAAAAAUGAUUCAAGAGCUGUUUGCAGGAAACACUACACUUAUCGGAGAUGAUAAUAUUUCUAAUAUUACUCCUUCCUCCUCUCCUAUUUCUUGUACUACUUCUAAUUCCAAUAUUGCCCCUGCAAGUGCAAAUGCAAACUCUGAAAAUCUUAGAUGUCCGCGUUGUGAUUCCCCAAACACCAAGUUUUGUUACUACAACAACUACAAUUUAACUCAGCCUCGUCAUUUCUGCAAGACUUGUCGACGUUAUUGGACUAAAGGAGGCGCGUUACGCAACGUUCCUAUAGGUGGUGGUUGCAGAAAAAACAAGUCCAUCGCUACAUCAAAAUCAACUGCUGCAAAAUUCAAAAAUUCACUUCCGUUUGAGUUUAUUGGAAAAUCAGGCAUUUUUGGAGGGUUCGAGCAGGAAAUAAUACCUUCAAAUUAUGAUAAUAAUAACCCUUUUCUCUUUUCCUCACCUCAUCAGAAUCAUAAUCCUAUUCUUUCCUUACUUAAAGGAAAUCUUCAUAAAUCAAUUGGAGUGAAUCAAUUUCCUUCCAACAACGGUAUAUGGAAAAAUAAUUAUGAAGAAAACGUUGGUGAAGUCCAGAAUAGUCGAGGAUUUCAAGAGCUAUAUCAAAGGCUAAAAGCGUCAACAAAUCGAUGUUAUACAGAUAAUAUGCAUGGACCAUCAUCAUCGUCAAUGAUUUUGGAUUCGGCUCCGGUAACUGGAGGAGAGUUGGGUUGCUGGAACCCGACCCUUUCAACAUGGUUGGAUCUGCCAACAGCAAAUGGGGCAUAUCUUUAAUUAAUAAGUAAUUUACUAUUUUACUAUUAGGGUGAAGGGUGCAUGAGAUGUUUGUGGUAUACUGGGGAUACUUGGACAUGGGUGUGGCUUAGAUUUUAUUUGUUUUUAUUCUGUUUUUCUCUUUGCUUUUUGUGUGUGUUUCAUCUAUAAAAAUCAAUGUACUAAAUUUAUUUUUCCGUAUUGUCCUACAUUUUGUAGCUUUCAAUUUUCUACCAAAUAAAAUUGAAGUGCAUUUUAAGUUUA